AUGCCUCGCGCAAAGAACACUUCCACCGAAACGAAGCCGUACUCUCGGCCUCCCCUUAACGGUUCUUCGUCGUCUGAAUGCCCCAGCCAUGACGCUGGAGGCGACAAGCCGAUGGAGCUGACGGAGCGUCGCCGCGUCCGCAACACAAACAUUACUGCGCCCAACAAUACCACACAGUCCAAUGGCUCCGGCACCGGCAAGUGGAACGCUGAAGAGUAUGUGACCCUCUUCAUGCACGUCUGCACCUGGGGCGGGAGUUCAAAGCACUUUGAGGGUGCAGUUCCCGGCCGUACCAAAGCCCAGGCGUAUGACUGUUUCAGACAGGUGAUCAAGCCCUACCUCCUCAAGUCCGUCGCCGAGAAGGCCGCCACCUCCAAAUGGUCUGCAGAGGAGUACAGGGCUCUGCUGAACCACGUCUUUCAAUGUGGCGCGAGCUCGUCGACUUUUGGAACAGCGGUCCCGGGGCGUACCAAGAACCAGAGCUAUGAUGCCUUUCGCCAGGUGCUCAAGCCCUUCAUUUUCACCAAGCUCGAGGAGAAGGCCAGCGCCAACAAGUAG